AGAAGGAGGAGCAGAAGAGAGUUGCGCAAGCGCGUUCACCCUCCGGCCAGUGCCUGGGCCUUUGGGCCCGAGGCGGUGGUGGUGGUGGUGUCGCGCAGUCUUCUGAUUGCUUCUGUGGUGGUGGUGGUGGCGACAGCGGCGGCGGCAGCAGCGGUGGCAGCGGCAGCAGUGGCGGCGGCGGCGGCGGCGGCGGAGGUGGUGGGUACAGCUUCCUAAUGGUCCCGCUGUAGGCUGACGCCACAUUCUAGCAAGGCUGCGCAGAGGCAGAAAUGUCGCCGCCGCCGCCGCCUACCUGGCUCCAGCUUAGCUUCAGCUUCUUGCUAGGUUCCUUCUGCAUCGCCCUGGAGUCCACAACGCACAACUCCGCUACAGAUGCUUUGAAUAUCCUUCUAAUCAUCGUGGAUGAUCUCCGCCCCUCUCUGGGCUGUUAUGGAGAUAAACUAGUGAGGUCCCCAAACAUUGACCAGCUGGCAUCCCAUAGCAUUCUGUUUCAGAAUGCCUUUGCUCAGCAAGCAGUGUGUGCACCAAGUCGAGUGUCCUUCCUCACUGGGAGGAGGCCUGAUACCACCCGCCUGUAUGACUUCAAUUCCUACUGGAGGAUACACUCUGGAAAUUUUUCCACCAUCCCCCAAUACUUCAAAGAGAAUGGCUACGUGACCAUGUCGGUUGGGAAAGUCUUUCACCCUGGUAUAUCUUCUAAUCACAGUGAUGAUUAUCCAUAUAGCUGGUCUUUUCCACCUUAUCAUCCAUCCUCAGAGAAGUAUGAAAACACUAAGACAUGUAAGGGACAAGAUGGAAAACUCCACGCCAACCUGCUUUGUCCUGUGGAUGUGGCAGAUGUGCCUGAGGGUACCUUGCCUGACAAACAGAGCACAGAAGAAGCCAUUCGAUUGUUGGAAAAGAUGAAAACAUCAGUCAGUCCUUUCUUCCUGGCGGUUGGGUAUCACAAGCCACACAUCCCCUUCAGAUACCCCAAGGAAUUUCAGAAGUUGUAUCCCUUGGAAAACAUAACCCUGGCUCCUGAUCCCCAUGUUCCUGACAGCCUACCACCUGUAGCCUACAGCCCCUGGAUGGACAUCAGGGAGCGGGAAGAUGUCCAAGCCUUAAACAUCAGUGUUCCCUAUGGACCAAUUCCUGAGGAUUUUCAGCGGAAAAUCCGCCAGAGCUACUUUGCUUCUGUGUCAUAUCUGGAUACUCAGGUUGGGCAUCUUUUGAGUACUUUGGAUGAUCUUCGUCUAGCCCACAACACAAUUAUUGCUUUCACAUCUGAUCACGGAUGGGCCCUAGGUGAACACGGUGAAUGGGCCAAAUACAGCAACUUUGAUGUCACUACCCGUGUACCCCUGAUGUUCUAUGUUCCUGGAAGGACAGCCCCACUUCCUGCAGCAGGCGAGAAGCUUUUUCCUUACCAGGACCCUUUUGGUACUGCCUCAGAAUUGAUGGAUGCAGGCAGGCACACCGAGGACCUCGUAGAACUUGUAUCUCUCUUCCCCACGCUUGCUGGACUUGCAGGGCUGCCAGUUCCUCCUCGGUGCCCAGUCCCUUCUUUUCAUGUUGAGCUGUGCAGAGAAGGCCAGAAUCUACAGAAGCAUUUGCAGCUCCAUGACUUGGAAGAGGAUCCAUACUUGUUUGGUAAUCCCCGGGAGUUGAUUGCCUAUAGUCAGUACCCCCGACCUGCAGAUUUCCCUCAGUGGAAUUCUGACAAGCCAAGCUUAAAAGAUAUUAAGGUCAUGGGAUACUCCAUACGUACCAUAGACUAUAGGUAUACUGUGUGGGUUGGCUUCAAUCCUAGUGAAUUUCUGGCUAACUUUUCUGAUAUCCAUGCUGGGGAACUCUAUUUUGUUGAUUCUGACCCACUGCAGGAUCACAAUGUAUAUAAUGACUCCCAACAUGGAGGUCUUCCCGGCUCACUGAGACCUUGAGUUCUGCCAGCCUCAGAGGGUACAUAUGUGUCCCCUUCCCCUUCUGGAUGGUGAAAGGAGGCAUGAGACAUGGUUAUCUUUUCCUACCCAUUGUAUUAGACAUAACCUGAAUGGGAAACAAUCAAAACAUACAUCAGCAAACUGGCCUAGGAUUAAGUGGUAGACGGGCCUUUUCGUGUAGUCCUUAAAUUAGAAUUCACCAUUGGAUUUGGGCUAAGCUGAAACUUUUGUUUUAAAAGCUCCCAUAGCUUCGUUACUACACAAGUACAAAGUGAACUAAGGUGUAAUCAUAUCUUUAUAUCUAAAGACCAUGCUAGCCAGACAUAAUAUUGUACUCAAGAAAUCAUUUGUCUGUUGAAUUUAGUGCAUUUUAGAUAGUAACCAUGUCUUAAGUAGCCCAGUGUGUCAAGCAUGUUAACAUGGGAUUCAUUUCUUUCUCAAGUGUGAAAUUCAAGUUGCUUCUAGAAUUAUUACUUAGUUUCUAAGACUACAGACUUUAGAAUCCAAGGUAAAAUACCCGUGUGAUGGUCAUUACAUAAUACAUAAUGCUUAGUAAAGUAUAGUGAAAGUUAGGAAAUUCACUUAACUAUUUCAGUACUCUCUGGCCCAAAUAACAAUUUGUUAGUAAAUACUACAGCUCUUGAACUCAGUGUCUAUAUGUUAAAACCUCUGUUAUUCACAAUGAAAGUAUUUAAAAUAGAACUAGUCCCAUGAUUUGAAUUAUUCAAAAUUGUAUUCAUAUUCCUAUUUAGAGAAUUACAGAUAUCCAUGUGUCCUGGAGGCAGGAAGUGGUCUACUUUUUGCUAAAGAAAACAUGUUUAUGAAAUGUAAAUUAUCUUGAGGCUUGUGAAAACUUUUCACUAAUAGGGUAUAAGUAAUUUUAAGAAUGUAGUUCUGUAUUUCCUGAGUACGAAAGUAACUAGAAUGGCAUAUAGUAAUGAUAAGGUUGUUUUAUUACAGUCACUCUAACAUGGUGAAAACUGCACAAUUACCAUAAGUCAACAGCUUUUUAAAUAAACAGUCUAUGUAUUUGGUUUGUAUUUAAAUGAGUAAUUUCAGUAAUUUUCUUAAAAAUGCCUCAGUGUCUCAAGGUAAAUGUUUUUAAAACAAAAAAUAUAGCAAAUAGCUAUUAGAUUAAAUUACUAUAAUGUAUUGAAUUGUAACCAAAAAGUCAAGAUACUACUUUGAAGUCGGUAAAAUUUCAAAGACAGAUUGUUGUUUUUACCAGUUGGCCUUAUAGUAGAGUGGUGGAUAGUCCAUUUUUUUUCUGGAGCAAUUAACUGUCUUGGCAAUAGCAGUUUGUAUUGCUAGUUUGGGAUUGAUGGUCCCAUUCAUCUUUUCUGAUCCCCAGAUUUAUCUGUUGUCCAGAAACUGGCUUUUGCAGAUGCUUUGCUCCCAUCUUUCCUUGUUGCUCUCAUAAUGUCCACUCAGCAUCAUUUUUAUAAUUUAAAAGAUUUCUGGUACGUUAUAAUUCACACUUAGAACCUUCCCAUCAUAGCAGACUGGACAGAGAUGCCCUGGAUUCAAGCUUGAUGUGUUCACCCUGAUUGGCAGGUUCCUACUGUCCUGCAUUUGCCCACAAUGCAAACUAUAUUUGGUUUAGGCAUAGAGUAGGGAGUUUGCUAUGGCCAUCAGCUUCUUCCUUCCACUCUCAUCACCAUUGCCUCUGUCCUUUUCUUUCCUUCCCAAGAAAUUUACCUCCCCUCCUUUUUCCUCCCCUGUUCCUUGAAGAAUCCAUGUGUCUUCCUAAAAUCCCUCUUGACCCCUGCCCUUUAAGAACACCAUCAGUGCCUACUAAGGGUCUAGAAAGACCUCCGCUGAGCAGUCAGAGUCUUCCCUGGCUCCACAAUACCCCUUCCCUUGGCUGACUCUCCUUGCCAGUCCUUACCUUCCUGGUCCUUCAAGCCUUUGUCCCCUCUUCUUUGCUCCAACCCCUUCAUGGCCAUUCUUCAUAGCCUGGCUUCCCUACCCACCUGCUUAGAGGCUGAGGCUGUCAGAACUCUCUAGACUGUAUUAUGGGGAGAAAUGAACACAUCUUGAAAAUCUGGUGUUUGCUUUACAUUUUAAAAGGCAUUUUUUCCUCAUUAGGAGUUUGAUAUGUUUAAUUAUACAAAAAUUGGAAAGCAGAAAUGCAUUUAAAAGGCAAGAAAAUGUCAGAAUGCUUUAUUCUAAGAUUGCCAUAUCUUAUCCUUUUGGGGGUAUGAAUGUUUUACAUUUCUUGAUCCUCUAUUCUGUUUAUAAUACGUCUGUACUUAUCUUCUUCUCUAAACAUUUUGUAUGGUUACUAGUGAUUUUUGCAUAUAUUUUAUAUUGCCUGUAAUAUAUGUUAUUACAUAGAUUUAUUAUAAUUUUCUCAACCUUCUUUCAAUUGUUAGAAAUUUAUGUUAUUUCCAAAUUUUCAGUAUUACAAAUGAUGCUGUGAUCAAUUUUGUGAGUGUAGUGUUUUUCUGUAUUUCAAACUAUUCCCAUAGGCUAGUUUCUCAGUGCCAAGUCAUCAAAAACAGCUUCAUUUUUUUUCACUCUUGCUAUGAUAGCAUAUUAAUCUUAGAAAAGAAAUUCAAAAGACCUAUAUUAAAAACUAUAAUACCAAAAAGGAAAGUCUGUAGUCCUAUAAUAAUAGAUGAAAGUUGUAUUCUGCUUUGACGUCUGAUUCUUUGCUGAUUAAUGACAUGAACCAUUAUUCUCUCUAAUAAUAGUUGAGUAGUUGCAUUUCCAGUUGUGUGACUUUGUGUGGUUAUGUUAUGGAUCUUACCUUUUGAUGUAAUAAAGUAAAUUGCUCUUUUCCUGUG